UAUAAAUAGGUAAAGUUUCAACACGCAAGACCGUGUACCAAGUCAACGUUAGUCUAUUAGCAGGUGCAAAACAUGGAAAGACAAGGAAGAAAAUAAAUCAGAGUGCACACAAAAGGAAUCCCAGUCACAUACAAUUAAUCAGAUCAAUAGAAUUUCAGUCAAGACAGUCGAGAGCAAAGCAAGUAUUUAAGACAAUGGAAAGGCAAUCAAAGCUACCAAGAUUCACUCCUAAUUAAAGCAAUUUUUAUGGAAAAACAAUCAAGCGAGCCAAGUUGUCUUCCAAGUCAGUUCAGUAAUUACAGGGAAUUACUAGCUUAUGUAUGUAUGAUAUAGACUAGAAUUGAAAUCUGUUAGGAUUUGCUAAAAAUAGAGAAAGUUUGUAAUUAUCUCCACUGCACAAGGAACUUGUAUAAAUUCAACCAUUUUGCAUGUUCAUAAGCACGUUGAGCUGAGAACUCUUAAACCACAAUUUUUUUCUUGUUAUCAGAGUAGGAAUUCUGUUACCAUGGCCACUAUCUCUCUCAAUGUCAGCUACUUUGUCAACCUCAAACUUAACCCAGAAAAUUACCCACUGUGGCGUGAGCAAAUCAUCUCACUAGCCGAAAGCUAAGAUUUACACAAUCAUCUCAGUGGAGAUUAGAACGCCCCAACCAUGUAUACUCCAGAAACCGCAAAAACACACAAACCUAUACUCAGUGAAGACUAGCUACCUCAAAUGGAGAAAGUUAGAUCGGCUACUUCGGGGGUGGAUCAUUGGCACCCUGACAGAGGAAGCCCUCGGACUGGUUGUUGGACUUCAAACUACUCAUCAAGUUUGGGGUGGACUUUAAGAAGCCUAUGCCCAAGAUUCCCAAGAAAGAGAAUUCAUUCUACAUCAACAACUUACGUAUCUCAAGAAAGAUAUUACAACUCCUUUACCGGAGCAUCUCCGUCAAUUUAAAAAAUUGUGCGAUAGUCUUGCAACUAUUGGUCGUCCAGUGCAAGACCAAGAGAAGGUCUACUCUCUCCUUACAAGUCCAGGUCCUCGUUAUGAGACCUUCACCACCACAAUGCUGAAACCACCCAUGCCUGGAUACACAGAGGUAGUAUCCCAAGGGUAUGAACAACGUGUUCGAUGGCAUGAACCACAACAUCUUGCAUUCUACGGUCAACGACAAAGGAACCAACAAGGUAACAACGAUCAUUUUUCGGGUCAUAAAGGCAGUAGCAAUCGUUCAUCUGGAUAUGAAUUCACCUCCCAAGGCCGUGGCUUCCAACCCGCAAAUACAAAUUUCACUGGAGGUCAGAAUGAAAAACACAAAUCUGUUAACAUUGAAGGGACUCAUUUUCGUCAAAUGAUGCCGGUAGAACGUGAACGUUACCAUAAAGAAAAGUGCCAGAUCUAUGACAAACUUGGACAUAUUGCAUCCAUCUGUUGGUACAAGGAUAAACAUUUUCAUCCAAAAGAAAUUCCUCAUGCUCUUGUUGUCCUCACACUUGAUACUUCAAUACAAGAUACCGAAUGUACAACUGAUACGGGUGCUUCAAAUCACAUUAUGGGUAAUUCCAAACUUUUGUUCAAUUUACGCUCAUAUCUGGGAACAAAUUCAGUUCUCAUUGGUAAUGGGGAUGCUCUCUCCAUUAAAGGCGGUAAUACACUGAUCAAAAAUGGUAAAGAAAAAUUAAUGUUGCUCGAUGUUCUCUUAAUUCCAUCUUUGGCUCGUAAUCUAUUAUCAGUCAGUCAACACUGAUCAAUUCCCUUGUUAUUGUGAAUUUUCUAAUGCAAAUUUUUGUGUCAAGGAACGAGAGAUAGGGCGAAUACUAAUGACAAGACAUCGCAAGGGUGAUUUGUACGUUUUAUCACCUCAUCAUGAAGCUCAUUUCUCAAAUAGGUUCGCUAAUGCCACGGACGAAGUUUGGCAUAAAAGGCUUGGGCAUCCACACAUUUCAACUAUUAACUUUCUAAAAUCCAGGGGUUUAAAUAAAAGCACUAGCGUAAAUUAAAAAAACUUCUCAAUGUGAGAGUUGUCAACUAGGAAAAUUAAGCAAAUUUCUAUUUUUACAGUCUUAAUAUGUUAGUUCUGAGCCGUUUGAAAAAAUUCAUUGCGAUUUAUGGGGUCCUGCACCUCUUCCUUCUAUUGUAAAUUUUCAGUAUUAUACUUGUAUUGUUGAUGAUUUAUCCAAAUACUGUUGGUUUAUCCCUUUACACCUCAAAUUUGAUUUCACCUCUGCAUACUUGGGCCUUUGAAUGCUAUGUGCACAGAAAAUUUUACAAAAAAAAUCAAAAUCUUUCAUUCGGACGAAGAAGGUGAGUUCCUUAAUUCCACAUUGAUUGGACACUUCAAGCAUAAAGGAAUAAUCCAUCAGCUUUCUUGCCCAUAUACUCCACAGUAAACUAGAUCUAUUGAACGUCGCCAUCACAUCAUAAGGGAAAUUGGGAGACUAUGUUGUUUCACAGUGGGCUUCCCAAGCAUUUUUGGGUAGAGGUAUUCCAAACUGUAGUCUUUUUAAUAAAUAGACUGCCAUCUUCGGCUAUUGAAUUUGAUACUCUUACCAUAAUAUCCUCAAUAGACAACCGGAUUAUUCAUGCUUAUGAGUUUUUGGCUCACUUGUUUUCCCUAUACUUGGGACACUAAAAGGAAUAAGUUUGAUCCUAAAACGCUCCCUUGUGUCUUUGUAGGUUUCAACGACAACUAUAAAGGCUAUUGAUGUUAUCAUCCUCCUGGUUGAUGAUUUUUCAUCCCUCGCCAUGUUGCCUUCUUAGAAGAGUCAUUUCCUUAUAAAUCAGCAGAAAAACAUACUUUUAUUGGUUCUUUUAUUAUUACAGAAUUUAAUGAUUGGAUUGAUACAACUAGGACUGAUGAUUCCUCUCUACCAUUUCAGGAUUCGAUACUUGCUGCAAUUGGUGAUAAAUUGAACUCGGUCAUCACCACAUCAGAUGGCAAAGAUGAAAUUCAUGAGGCAUUUGAAACACCUGAUAACCAUCCAGACCAUGAAAGAAUUAUUUCAGAUGAAAAUGCCAACAUUGGUUCCUCAGACAAUUCACAAAGUGUUUUACCCAUCUUCCCUUCGACUUCUUCUAUUGAACAAGAUUCCUUAUUGAUUGAUGUAAGAGCUAUUACCACAGGACAUCAUAUGGUGACGAGACUCAAAGAUGGGAUCAUCAAGCCAAAUCCCAAUUACUCUCUUCAAGUAUCUCAGCAUGAGAUUCCACAAUAACCACAAAAUGUUAAAAUCGCUCUUCAGCAUCCUGGAUGGCACAAAGCAAUGCUUGAAGAACUUGAACAACACCUGGAGACUUGUUCCACGGAAUCCAGAGAUGCAUGUCAUAGGUUCUAUGUACGUGUUUAAAUCGAAAUUAAAACCAGAUGGGUCCCUUGACCAUCGUCAAGCUCGACUUAUAGCAAAAGGAUAUCAUCAAGUGGAUGGAAUCGACUGCUUCGAAACAUUUUCUUGUGUCAUUAAGCCAAGAUCUAUUCGUAUUGUCAUUAGCCUCGCUAUUGUUUGCCAUUGGGAAAUUCGACAAUUAAAUGUAAAAAAUGCUUUUUUAGAUGGGGUGAUUACAGAGGACAUCUAUCCUGGUCUAGCUGAUCCUACUCAUCCGACCUAUGUAUGUAAACUCGAGAAAGCCUUGUAUGGACUCAAGCAAGUGCCCAGAGCAUGGUUUGAUCAAUUUAGCUCAUUUAUCAUACAAUUUGGUUUCUAUUGCA